CGGCACCCCCGGCACGGCCGGGAUCCGCCGGGAGACACCGGGGAGACACCGGGAACCCGCCGGGAGCCCGCCGGGAGCCCGCCGCCGCCCCCCGCGACCCCCGAGCCAGGAUGGACCGGAUGACGGAGGACGCGCUGCGCCUGAACCUGCUCAAGCGGAGCCUGGAGCCGGCGGAGGAGCGCGAGGACGUCCUGGCCAAGCGGCUGAAGAUGGAGGGACACGAGGCCAUGGAGAGGCUGAAGAUGCUGGCCCUGCUCAAGCGCAAGGACCUGGCGGGGCUGGAGGUGCCCCACGAGCUCCCGGUGAAGCCGGACGGGAUCAAGGGCUACGAGGAGAAGCUCAACGGGAGCCUGCGGCCCCACGGCGACGGGCGGAGCGCGGCCCGGCCCGGCAAGGAGAACAUCAACGACGAGCCCGUGGACAUGAGCGCCAGGAGGAGUGACCAGGACCGGGGCCGCUUGACCCCGUCGCCGGACAUCAUCGUGCUGUCGGACAACGAGGCCUCCAGCCCCCGCUCCAGCUCCCGCAUGGAGGAGCGGCUCAAGGCGGCCAACCUGGAGAUGUUCAAGGGGAAGAGCCUGGAGGAGCGGCAGCAGCUGAUCAAGCAGCUCCGGGACGAGCUGCGGCUGGAGGAGGCCCGGCUGGUGCUCCUGAAGAAGCUGCGGCAGAGCCAACUCCAGAAGGAAAACGUGGUGCAGAAGACUCCCGUUGUCCAGAACGCCGCGUCCAUCGUGCAGCCGUCCCCCGCCCACGUCGGGCAGCAGGGCCUGUCCAAGAUCCCCUCCCGGCCCGGAGCUCAGGGGGUGGAGCCGCAGAAUUUAAGGACAUUACAGGGCCACAGCGUGAUCCGCUCGGCCGCCAGCUCAGCCCUGCCCCACAUGUUGAUGUCCCAGCGCGUCAUCGCCCCCAGCCCCGCCCAGCUCCAGGGCCAGCGCGGGCCCCAGAAACCCGGCCUGGUCCGCAGCUCCACGCCCGGGAUGAGCCCUGCCAUCAACUACCAGCCGCAAUCCGGCUCCUCGGUGCCGUGCCAGCGCUCGUCGUCCUCCGCCAUCUACAUGAACCUCGCGUCGCACAUGCAGCCGGGCUCGGUGGCCCGCGUCUCCUCCCCUCUCCCCAGCCCCAGCGCCCUCUCCGACGCCGCCAACUCCCAGGCGGCCGCCAAGCUGGCGCUCCGCAAGCAGCUGGAGAAGACGCUGCUGGAGAUCCCGCCGCCCAAGCCGCCGGCGCCGCUGCUGCACUUCCUGCCCAGCGCGGCCAACAGCGAGUUCAUCUACAUGGUGGGGCUGGAGGAGGUGGUGCAGAGCGUCAUCGACAGCCAAGUGGGUGGCAUUCUCACUGGGGAUCGAUGGGAUGGCGCUCCCGUGGGCGCUGCCCGGCGUUCCCGUGGGCGCUGCCCGGCGUUCCCGUGGGCGCUGCCCGGCGUUCCCGAGGACAAUCGGGCGCUGUUCCCGCAGGAGAUCGAGCAGCGGCUGCAGCAGCAGGCAGCGCUGUCGCCCACGGCCGCGCCCGCCGUGCCCAGCGUCGGCAAACAGGACGGGAUCCUGCGGCACCACACGCUCCGGCAGGCUCCGCGGGUGGAUCCCGGGGUCGGCCGUGCCGGAGGGUCCCUGCUCCCGCCAGGAGUGAACAUCGCGUACCUGAACGCCGGCAUCGGGGGCCACAAAGCGUCGAGCCUGGCGGACCGGCAGCGGGAAUACCUGCUGGAUAUGAUCCCGCCGCGCUCCAUAUCCCAGUCCAUCAGCGGGCAGAAAUAGCCCCGGCCCCGCUCCCGGGAGCCCCGAGAAACAAACGGAGAGCGUGGGGAAAGACAGACAGACAGACAAACAUUUCAGAGGCCGCCGGUCCCGCUCCCAGCCCGAGAUUCCUUCGCUCCUCCGGGCCGGGAGCCGCUCCCCGCGCGGCCGAGCAGCCCCGGCCCCGCCGCUCCUUUUGUAACGCCGCCGCUUUCUCCUUGUGUUGUGGGUUGUUUUUUGCCCCUUUUUUCCUUAUUUUUUCCCCCCUCUCUCCCUUCGCUCCAUGGAUGGUUAAAGCUUUUUUCUCCCUUUUCCAGAGACUUUGGCAAGGGCACCUUCCCCAGUCCCCGGGAGGGGGAGAUUUUGGGGGAGCAGCUUGUGCUGAUUCCGGGGGGA